GUAUAACAUCAGUUACUGCUGCUGUACUUAUAAAUUACCAGUUUAAGGUCCAUUAUGUUUCUCUCCCGAAAGGAAAUCGUAUCGCUUUUGCUCCUCCUAACGGCGAUCAUCAGUGUGCUGAACGCGUCGCUCUUUGCAAAUAUUCUGCCCCUCCACGUCAGUUAUGAGCAGGUGAGCCUGCAGGUUGUCAGCGUGGGAACCGCCUAUAUCUGCCUGAUUUACGCCUUCAGCACCUGGCUGUACCACUCGAAUUACUCCAGGACUCGUCUGCACAUGCGAAUUGUGCUGGUGGCCAUGAUUGUGGCGAUGGUGGUGUUUAACGGCUUAGCCUGCUAUUGGUAUCUAAUAGAAGAGUCCUUUACGAAACUCGGGGAAUCGAUGGAACUGUUCUUGUUGUUCAGCAGAUUUUCGGUGACCUCCAAAUCGGUCAGCUUGGCCAUGUCGAUCAUCUGCAUUCUUCUGCUAAUCGUAAUCAUGGCGCUGCUCAUCGUGACCAUCAUCCAGUCGAUAAGGAGACGCAAGAACAAGGAAUCCAGUGAUAAUAUCGAGCUGCAGGGAAGGAAUUACCCUAACGCGUGGGAUGAGCAUUAAGUUUGGUUUUCAUGCAACGCCAAACAUUUCAUGUCGCUGCAAUGUGGCGCCGCAGUUGCAAUAAUAUAAAUAUUAUACUCCCACGUCGUUUGGCACAGACAGACACGAACUGCUCACCUCCUUUAUGUUUUCACCCAUGACACACAGAUUCUGUCUGUGUGCUUUCUUCGCAGGUGAUAUAAAAAAUAUAUAAAGGAGCAGAGGAGCUCGCCCUCACAGGUCGCAGUACGAAUGCACUCACGGCAGGAAAACAUUGGAUCAUAUGUUGUGAAAUAUUUUUUAUAUUUUAUAGUUUAAAAUAUUGAAAAUGUUGAAGUGUUUUGAAUA